CCUCGUUCAUAUAAUUCAUCCUCCGCCUCCGGUCUAUCCUUCCUAGCCGCCGCCGCCUGCGAGGCAUCCCAUCCGCCGGCGGCGGCGACGCAUCAGAGGGUGGCCUUCGAAUGGCAGCAUUGAUUCCCGGUUGAGGUUCCGCAGUUAGGUUUCUCGGAACCCAUGGAUUCCGGUGAUCAGCUUAAAGGUCCAGCCUUUGGGGCAGGAGGAGGAGGAGGAGAGGGAUUCUUCGUCGCGAGUUUCUCUCCUGGGAGUUCCAUUUCAACCUCCUGGAAUCGCUCAAUGAAGCGGAAGCGGAACGCGAGCGCAGCCGACGCCCACAUCCUCGUCUGCCCCGAUUGGGACAACUUCGAACCCGGCACCAGUGUUGCCAGGGUGGAGACCAGGAACGAGGAGGAGUCCCUUCGCGAGGCCCUCCUCAGCCAUCAACAAACGAUCCAGAAGCUACAAGAGGAGCUGGAGGAGGAGCGGAGCGCUGCGGCCUCCUCUGCGCAAGAGGCCAUGUCGAUGAUAGUCCGGCUCCAGCACGAGAAGGCGGAAAUCGUCAUGGAGAGCCGCCAGUUCAAGCGCGUCACCGAGGAGAAUUUGAAGCAUAACCAGGAGGAGAUCUCGAGCCUUGAGGACCUUCUCUUCAAGCGUGAACAAGCUAUGCAAGCCCUCUCCUGCGAGGUCCAGGCCUACCGCCACCGCCUCCUCAGCUACGGUUUUAGCCUCGAUGGGGAUGCGCCUCCUUCUGAACCGCAAACACCUGAUACGGCGACCUCCUCUUUUGCCAUCCCCCAAAUCGAGUUCCCGCCGGAGUCUCAGUAUCCUUCAAUAAAGUGCAUCAGAGACGCUGGUGCCGAACUCGAUCAGUACCCUUCUUGUGAGACUCCACGCGAGCACCUUCAGAAGCUGGAGCAGUGGAUUUACCAGCUCGAACGGACGCCAAGUAGCAUAUUUGGUAAUGUCAUGGAUAAGGGAGUCAUCGUGGGUCAUUCUCCACGAGCUCGGCCUUUUCAUCUCAGAAAUCUUUCCUGCGGAAGCUAUGGAUCUGUCCUGGAAUUCAACAAGGGGGAUGAAUUUCCGACAUCGUUCGAUGCUGUAUCAGAUUAUGAGGAGAUGAAUGACAGAGUGUAUACAGUGGAUGCGGUGCAUGGCGCCAGUGAUGACUAUGUCAGCACACCAAGGGAACUACAGACUAGGAGAUCUCGAAUGGGUAAUGUAAUUGAGAAAGCGGAAAUAACUAAGCUUAAUACGCGUCUGCAGGAGCUUGAAGCUGAUAGAGAGUCUAUGAGACAGACAUUAAUUUCCAUGAGUGCUGAUAAAGCACAGAUGAUGAUACUGAUAGAAAUUGCUCAGCAGAUGUGCAAGGAAGGAACCAUCGAUAGCAGGAUCAUAAAGAAACCAUCUUUUUCCCAGAAGUUUUCUUGCAUGCCAAUUAUCAAGGAUGUCAUUUCAUUUGUUGUAUUAUGGAAGAAUCCAUCCCAAAUCAAGUAUAGUGUUGGUAUAGCAGUGGGAGCUGUUGGCUUUCUGCUAUUCUUAAACAAGCCCUGUCGCACAACGCAAAGGAGGCUUCUCAAAACACAGAUGUAAGCAUCAAUUAUGCGAUGAUGAGGGAGUGUAAUCUUUUAUUACACUAAAAUGUGCAAGCAAAUUCCACUGACAGAGGGCAUUAACUUUUUUUUAAUGUUGAUUUCCAUUUAUUAUAUUGAUUUUAAACCACCAUUUUUAAGGCGUAGCACAGACAGUGGACGCAUAACAUCAGGAACUGACGAUUUGUGAUUUAUUUUACCAUAUAUCUGACGUCUGUGUAUCUA